AUGGCGCACGCCCUUUCACUAGUGGUCAACAUGUAUCGGCCGCUCCUGGAAACCAGGGAUCUGCCAAACCGUGUUCAGAUCGGCAGUCUGGGUGGCCGCAUUGCCGCAAUUCCUCUGCUCAUUAUGCUGCUGAGCAGAAGUGCAUUGAUUGUUGACCAUGAAAUUAAUGGCACGAGGGGCGGCGCAUCGCAUUCACGGAGGUGGGCCGGUGGGUCUGGCACCGAGGGCGACCGUCUGGGCUGCCCGGGGCCUGCAGGCCUGAUGUCCACUGACCGUGCUAACUGGGAUGAAGCCACCUUGAGGACCUUUCUGGAAUUAGUCAUAGAACAGAAAAACCUUUUGCACUGGAACCAACGAGGCCUCACAACCGUCGGGUGGUCGAAUCUGUAUCCAGCAUUCGAAAACAAAAUGAAGCUGGGUUAUGAUAAGAAACAACUGCAGAACAAGUUGAAUGACCUGAAGCGGUCAUAUUUCGUUUGGCGUGACCUUCAAACCCACACUGGCCUAGGUCGUGACCCGAUCACAGGAGGCGUCGCAGUUGACCCCUCGUUUUUUGAGGGUGGCAACGGGGCCAUCCUAUCGGCUGCAGUGGUGCACUUUCAAAAACUGAAGGUAUCCUUUCAACAAUGGACCCAGCACGUGCAACAGAUGCUGAACACAAAGAAGUUUGGUGACAUUGAAUUUAGAGAUAAGGAUUUUAAGACUGCAAUUGACUACUACUCCAAGAUGAGCAGCUCUGAGGAUUCCUACAUCAGCGACACCUCCAGCGAAGGAACGCAAAUUUACAACGUUGCGACUGCUGCUGUCCUUGUUGCAAGGUUAAAAGCAGCAGUGGCCAAUGCGGCUCCAGUGGUCAACCCUGCCCUCCCCUUCCCAAAGAUAAGCGGGCGACAGUGGAUGCAACUGAAUCUGCAAAACGAACAAAGGUGCAAAGAAAACCUACGUAGUUGUAGUGCUCAAAGGUUGUAUGAUAUUCUUGUUCAUCUGAUCCUUGUACUGAGUGAUACAUGUAGAAUUGUAGAUGCACUGAGGUACUUCAAGAUUGUUUGUAGUAAGAUAAUUGAAACUGCUUUUGCUUAUCAUGCCCAGUGUGUGUUGGGGCUUGCUAUUGACCUUGAAUUCGUUUUUGUUUAA